GAGGCUAGAUCGACCUAAUUCAGCAUACACCACUUAAAAACUAGAAGACCGUCUGAUAAUCAAAGCCUUAUAAACCGAUUGGUUUCUUCCAUUGAAUCUCAAAUCACCCAUGGAUACUUUUGCAGAACCAUACACCCGCGCAGGGGAUAAUAUGUCUUUGUCUGCAGUACGAGACCACGUCCGUGCACUCGAGGCUAGACACAAAGCCAACGGAGUUCAAUUGUCCGGUCGAAUCAUUCACGUGUGCCAUUAUCUUCCAGUAACAUGCACCCUUACCUCUUCUUCUACCCGGGAUGGCGUACUCAGUCCACCACCGACACCUCCUCAUAUCUUAACCGACGUUCCUCCUAGUCCAGUCGACGACCUCCCUCCGACUCUCGAUGCUCCACCUGCUCCACCUUCACAGCCUGAACGUUGGAAACUUGCUCCACGUUAUGGCCAUAGCGCAAUGACAAGCGGAAUUCGCAGUCUCAGCGUCACACAUGAACAACUUAUUCUAGGCUGGACAGGCGACAUUCUCUCCCCUGCUACUCCUUCUGAUGGUGCUGAUGGUGACGUCAACCCUUCUACAGGCGAACGCGUCCCUUCAGUUCGUGACCGUAUCCCCGCUUCCCGUAUCUCUCAAGAGGACAAAGACGCCCUCAACGUCGAGCUUGCUAAUUACACCGACAAGAACGGUUUUAUCCCUUCUUCUGCCGAUAAACGUGACGAAAUCGGUAAACCCAUCACCUAUCUCCCGCUCUGGAUGGAGGACAACGUCGCACAUGGUCAUUACGAUGGUUAUUGCAAACAGACUCUCUGGCCUCUCUUCCACUACCUCCUCUGGCAGGACGUCGCCACCGAGCAUGCCAGUGCUGAUGCUAAUUAUGAGUAUUAUGAGCAGGCCAACCAAGCAUUCACAACCCGCCUCGCAUCAGUCCUCCAACCCGGCGACCUCGUCUGGGUACACGACUACCACCUCCUCCUCGUCCCUCGCAUGCUCAGGAACGCCAUGCAUGCUGGUGCUAUUAGCGGUGUAGGAGGAGAGAGUGGCGGUGAUGUGAUCAUCGGUCUUUUCGUGCAUACGCCUUUCCCGAGUUCGGAGGUGUUUAGGUGUUUACCUCGCCGCAAAGAAAUCCUAGACGGAAUGCUAGGCGCCAACCUAAUUUGCUUCCAAACCUACAGCUAUACCCGCCACUUCACAUCUACCUGCGUACGCGUAUGCGGGUACGAAACCACCAGCCGUGCUUCUAUGGCUCCUCCAUCCGCUAGUGCAUCCCGCGGUGUGAGCGUCGCUGCUGGUGGUGGUUCGCGUGUCCGCGGUGUGAGUCUCACGCGUUCGAAGAGUGCAAAGGGAGGAAAGGAGGGUGUAGAGAAAUACGUAGGUAUUGAUGUUCAGGGACAUGUGGCUGCUGUUACGCAUUGUCCGGUUGGGGUGGAUGCUGAGAGGGUUGCGAGGGAUACCCUCCGCACAGGUGUCCAACCUAAACUCGAAGCUCUCCGUGUGCUUUAUGCAGACAAGAAGAUUAUUGUGGGAAGGGAUAAAUUGGACGUCGUCAAAGGGGUUUUGCAAAAGCUCCGCGCGUUUGAAAAGCUUUUGCAUGAUUACCCAGAGUGGCAGCGUAAAGUCGUGCUUAUCCAGGUGACCUCCCCCGCUCUAACAGACUCCCCGAAGCUCGAACGCCAAGUAUCAGAACUCGUCGCGCAUAUCAAUGGGGAGUAUGGAAGUCUUGAUUUCAUACCUGUACAUCACUACCACCAAACCCUCAGAAAAGACGAAUUCUACGCUCUUCUAAGCGCUGCAGACCUUGGAGUGAUCACGCCCCUCAGAGACGGAAUGAACACGACCUCAAUGGAGUUCGUGAUCGCACAAGAGCGCACCAAGCGCUCGCCGCUCGUUCUGAGCGAGUUCAUGGGAAUCAGCCAGCAUAUGGCUGACGCGCUGCAAGUGAACCCUUGGGAUCUCGGGGAUGUAGCGGCUGCUAUGAAUAAAGGGCUGGUUAUGUCCGAGGAGGAGAAAGUUGCGAGGCAUGCGGCGUUGCAUAAAGUCGUGACGACUCAUACGUCGCACACGUGGGCUGCGGUACUGGCCAAGAUGCUGCUCUCGCAGAUCAACGGACAGAACACUGCGCGCCAGACUCCAUAUCUCCCGCGAGACACACUCAAGGAUCUGUACGACAAAGCCGGGAAGCGUUUGUUCUUGUUCGACUACGACGGCACACUCACCCCAAUCGUCAAGAUGCCCUCCAUGGCCCUCCCCUCUCCCGACGCCCUAACCGCCCUCUCAAAGCUCACAUCCGACCCCGCCAACCUCGUCUACAUUGUCUCAGGCCGCGACCAAGCCUUCCUCGAAGAACACCUCGGGCACUUCAAACGCCUUGGAAUGAGCGCCGAACACGGAGGAUUCAUCCGUUCGCCUGAUAGUGCCACUUGGAUGAAUUUCACCGCUAGUUUGGAUAUGGGAUGGAUGGAGGAGGUGGCGGAGAUUUUUAGGUAUUAUACGGAGAGGACUACUGGGAGUCAUAUUGAGAUGAAGAAGAGCUCGAUUACGUGGCAUUAUCGGUCGACUGAUCCGGAGUGGGGACAGUUCCAGUGCAGGCAAUGCCAGGAUCUAUUGGAGAAUAACGUGGUGCCCAAGAGGCCUAUCGAGGUGCUCGUAGGUAAAAAGAAUUUGGAAGUAAGGCCUAUUGCCGUGAACAAGGGUGAGAUCGUCAAGCGUAUAUUAUACCAGAACCCUGGAGUCGAGUUCAUCUUCUGCGCUGGUGACGACAAGACCGACGAAGACAUGUUCCGCGCCCUCCUCCUCUUCCCACCCUCCUCAACAGACAAAGUCACAAUGGAACCCCCGCUCUCAGUAGUACUCGUGGACAACACCAAAGAGCACACCGACGUCGAGCUCGCUGUGUCCCCCGAAGCGGUGUUCACGACUGCUGUUGGACAUAGCAGCAAGCGGACGUUGGCGAGUUGGCAUGUGACGACGCCUGAGGAGGUGGUGGGGCAUAUGUUGCAUUUGAUUGGGGAGACGCCUCAGGGGAGUGAAGAGUUGAGGGGGUAUUUGUGAGUUGUUGUUUUGCGUGCGUGCGUGCGUUCGUCUGCGUGAGGAGUCGUCUGCGUGCGUGGAUAGAUUUCAUAGAGUUUUACGAGAUGAUGAAUAGGUGGUGAGAACAUUGAUGUGCUUGUACAUGCUUAGAUUUUUAGACAAUGAUUACUGUUUUGCUCUCGUCGAUAGAGGGAGCUUAUAGAACGCUUCUUGAUUAGCAAUGGUGUACUGUACUACGGUUCCGUACGACCUGAAAGAAGAUGCUGACUUGAACACCAUACAGGGGUUUCUUGACUUGAUGA